CGUUUUACUUUUACUUUUACUUUUAUCCUUGGCCUCUGCUCGUUUCUCUUCAUUCCUUCUUUCCCACCUUCAGGUCUUCACCCGCUCGUUUCAAUAUCGUCCAUCCUUGACUUAUACCGAAGCCUCGUGAUUGUUGCUUCUAUACUCAGGCUAAUAAUUGCAAAAUAAGACAGACUGCAAUAUAUUUCCUAGAGUAGUACACUCUUUCAGUCCCGAUUUUAUAUCACUUACAUUCUUUCACCAACCCGUGGUGUUGGUUCGGUUUACUGGCUGGGGUCGAUUCACACCGAGCAAGCUUGGAUAUCAGCAACGAAAUAUCCCAUAACUAACAAACACUUGCCGGAGCGACUUGGACACUCCUAUCUCUGGUUGGCAAAUUGGUGCCAUUCAAUAUAUAUACCGCCAUCUAUUAUCGUUUAUCAACAACCAUAUCAUAGUCGCACUGCAGAGCCAAGGUCGACGAAGCAUAGCCAAUCCAGAUUAUGCAGUACCACUCAACGUUACAAACCUUACGAGAAACAAGAUUAAUUUUGCAACGAUUUACGGGAACCAAAGAACGCUUAGUUCGAGGUUAGCCACCUACCAGCUGUCGUACUGGGGCUUCGCAACUACGCAACAUCGUCUUCACCAACUUUCAGAAACAAUGCGACGCACCCUAUCAAUCGUUCUGGGCUCUUUAGCCCUACUGGUCACGGUGGCUGUGAUAGCAGUUCUUAUUGUUCUCACAAUUCAUACACCCAAAGAAUCAAGUGGCCGAACACUCUCGAAAGUCUCUGUUGCCCUCGAGGUUGUAACUCUCGUCAUCCUCUGCUGGUUCACCUCCACAUAUGUUUCAACUUCCUUCCGGCGAUGGUCAACACGAUGCCUGGGUGUUGACUUUGGUGCUUGUCUUUUGGCAAUACUAUUUGCUACUGUUGCAACAGUGGCUACUCUCAUUCAAUUCAGCAAGUCUAAAUUCGAAAAUGAGGAUGGGUUCACAGGCUCGAGUAAGAGCAGUCUUCUCGUCGGCCUAUCCGCUAGUCUUGGGGUGUGCUUCUUCCUUCAAACCGGCUUCUUAUCCGUUCAUUUCUUCCUUACGCGACAAAGUGAUCAGAAGGCACUUUCACUCCACACUCUAGAGGAGGACCGAGGCUUGCCAUCAUUCCGAUCCAAGUCGUCUCUGAAGUCGAUCCCCUAUAGUCACACAGCUUCAGAUCAUGACACAGCCCCCAGGGUGAUGAACUCGAUGGACUCUCAAACACCUACCCCAUCCAUACGUGGACGUUCCAGAUCCGGUACUGCAACUUCUAUCAAGGUUCAACUUUCAAAUGCUAUUCGGUCUGCGACUGUCAGAAGUCACGUAUCGUCGAGCGAGUUUCGACGACCUAUUUCGACCGACUCGACAAUAUAUCAGUCCAGUGAAGAUGCCUUUGACACCUGGGAUACAUCGUCUGUUGAUACAAACAACCGCCAAGUGGUUAUGGAAGCCACAACUCCUCCCCAGCAAACCCAAGGCCAUUUUCUCGAGACAAUUCCUGGUAGUCCUUCACCAAGCAGAACGUCCACACCGAACAAUGAUAUGCCUCUCGAGCCGCCGAGGAUCCGCAUGCGAAGCCGAAGCUUCAGUCCGGUAACUAUAACACGUGAGCAAAUGAGCCCUCAAACGUCGACGACCGAUCUCCCUGAGCCGUCCCUGAGUGAAUCUCAUAUUCAUCCGCUCUUCCGAUCCGACUCGCCUACGCCGCCCCCAAUGGCUACACCUGGCACGGUCGUCUUGGCCUCGCCCAAUGCUGGACAAGUCAUCACACACCGCCAGAGUGUACGGUCUCUGCGGUCUGCCUCCAUAACAGUGGGCCCAAGCCCUCUCAGCCAUCGGGAUGAGCACGAGAGCAUUAGAGAGGAGCAAGAGUCAGAGACAGACUCCCUAACGACAAUUGACCGGCCGCUUACCCCUCCCAUCCCUGAGUGGGUUAUGGGUGCCGGCGCUCGAUCAAGUUGGUCGGAUUAUAACAACCGCAAGUCAAGAAUUGACAAUGCAGGUGAUGGAGAAAGUAAGAAGCAGGAGAAGAACUAACGAUGUCACUCUGGCUGAGUGACAGUAUAAUGAUGAAAAUGAGCAGGGGCAUGUGAAAAUAGCGGGCACUAUGAUAUGGACAGACUCCAUUUUCUUAUCUUUUUUUAUCCUUCCAGACGCCACCGGAUGGUAAACUCAGAGUUCCGUACAGACCUGGUGGAACGAACUGAGUAGGAAUACGUGUAUACCAAUGAAAAUAGCGAGGCGCUUUUAUGACUUGAUCUUGUGCGCUAGAGGCGCGAGGAUGGACGACAGAGAUGCAUUGUAAGGUAGAAAAAAGGCUAGAAAGCUUAGAAGCAAUAUCAAACACUUGUUAAAAGAACCUGAGUAUAUUC